AUGACGGCUCUUAAGGAAAUAAGAGAAUCUAUGGGCUAUGAAUCUUAUUAUCAAAGCACAUUCUCUAGUAACUGUUGCAGCUGGGAAGGGGUUCACUGUAGCCCUACAAGCUCUCAUGUGAUCGGAAUUUUGUUUUACCAUAUCAAGAAAGAUGCAGAUCAAUGGUUUCCUGAUAUGAGUUUGUUUUCACAAUUCAAGGAAUUGCAAAAAUUGCAUCUGCAAGGGAAUCAUAUUGGUGGACUGACUAAUGCCGAAGCAAUUUGUGAACUCGUUCAGUUACACUGGCUGGAUCUUUCAGUUAACUCCAUUGAAGAUGUUGUGCCACCCUGUUGGAGCAAUAUGCCAUCGCUCAGAACUCUGAACUUGUCAAAGAACCGAUUUCGGGGAAACCUCUCCUUCCUUGCUAAUCUAUCAAAAAUUGAGUCCAUCGACGUUUCUUAUAACUUUUUUGAAGGCCUGCUGUCAUUUUCCAUCUUCACAAAUCAUUCGAAGCUUAUCGAUCUAGAUCUUUCCUACAACUACCAAUUAGAAGUUGAAACUGAAACUGCAAUUUGGCAUCCUUCUUUCCAAGUACAAAAUUUGCUUUUGGCUGGAUGCAACCUCAAUCGUCAGAGUGGUCACAUAAUUCCUAGGUUCCUUUCUAACCAAUAUAACUUGGAAACCCUGGAUUUAUCCAGUAACUUACUGGUUGGAAACUUCCCCACUUGGAUGCUUCAUAAUGUUUCUUCUUUUUUAAGCCUGAGAAGCAAUUCCUUUGUUGGUCAAUUUCCUCAAGGCCACGAAAAGAAAUCUAGACUUGCUAAGCUAGAUAUCUCUGACAAUCAUUUUGAUGGUCACCUGCCCGCAAAUAUUAAUCUAGUUCUCCCUGAGCUGUUUGGGUUCAAUGCAUCCUCCAACCAAUUUUCUGGUAGCAUUCCCCUUUCUUUGGGUGAACUGAUACAUCUACAAAGCUUGGACUUGUCAAACAAUCUCCUCUCUGGAGUAGUCCCAGUUGGUUUAACCCAAAAUUCACCAUUAUGGUACUUGAAUCUGUCAAACAAUAGCUUGGACGGUGAGCUGCUUCCAGAAAAUUGCAGUAUGCCUAAAUUGACAUGGUUGCUGCUUCACCAUAAUUUCUUUGUAGGGAAUAUGCCAGCUUGCUUGUCAAAAAGUUUGUCUUUGGAGCUGAUAGAUGUACGACAUAACCUCCUGUCGGGAACCAUCUCAAAUCUACCAGUUUUCAUGAAAUUAGGAGCACUUCUUCUCGGAGAAAAUCAAUUUACAGGAAAUCUUAGCGAGCAAUUAUGCCAAAUGAUAAAGUUACAGUUGUUGGAUCUCUCAAAAAAUAAGUUCGCUGGGAAAAUUCCUUCUUGCCUCAAAAACAAUUUAGUCUGGAGAAAGAAGUUCCAAGCAAACUCAUGUGUUCCGGUUGAUUUCACCACCAAGGGGAAUUCAUAUUUGUACCAGGGUAUCCCCCUUACUCUCAUGACAGGGAUUGAUUUUUCAGUUAAUAAAUUGGUUGGCUCCAUUCCAGAUGAGAUUGGUGAAUUGGCAGAACUGCAUUGUUUGAACUUGUCACGAAACCUUUUAACAGGUCAUAUUCCAACAUCUUUCAAAAAUCUCAAAAAUUUGGAGAGCCUGGAUCUCUCCCACAACAACCUAACAGGACACAUUCCUCCUGAAAUUGUCCAGAUCGAUACUCUCACAACCUUUUCUGUUGCCUUCAACAACCUCUCAGGGAGGAUCCCACUUAAUGAACACUUUUCAACAUUCUCUGAACGUAGCUUCGAGGGUAACCAAAAACUUUGCGGAGAACCAUUACAAAGAACAUGCUCAAGAAAUGACAACAGAGAUGAUGGAAGAAAAGAAAAUCCCAAAAAAAAGGCAGAGGAAAGCCUCCUUGAUAAACCCUUGUCUUUCUAUUCAUUUGUGCUUAUAUCCUAUGCUAUCGGAUUUUGGAGUGUCAUUGCACCACUUUACAUCAGUGCAAACUGGCGAAGAAAAUACUUUGCCACAAUAGAUGGAUGGAUUGAAUGUCUUUUUGACAAGUUUUGA